AUUUGUUUGAUAGAUAUUUUGUAUGGAUAUAGAAGAGGAAACAUGAAAUGACGAAACAUUUAUCAAAUUCAUGAAAGAUAUGUUCAAUUUCGAUUGUGCAUCAGACGUUAAUAAGUCAACAACACUAAGAGGCACCAUCAUCGAUUUGACUUUUCGAGACACAUUGCACUCGAAACACUCCCUUUCAUUUCCUACUUUUACUAUCAUCGUCCUAUUCUCAACAGAGAAAUGGUUCAUUACCAUGCACACAUGAAGAAGGCAUAUGCAAAUACAAAUAUGUGAAUUUAUAUAUUAUAUAUAUGUACAUAUAUACGCUCACUUAAGUAGGAGAGGGCAAGAUGUCGAACGUUGCCGUUCGUUUGCUUUGUUUGCUUUGCCGUUCGUUCCGCGCUUUCGCUUGCAGUUCAUUCAAGGUAACGGCAAUGAGCAAGGUAACGACAAAUGAGCAAGGUAACGACACAUUUUUUCGUGCGUGCAGCCGGCUAAAUCGAAUUAUAAGACGUUAUCACGUCAAUAAAUGAAAAAAUCAUCAAAUUUGCCACACACACUCAACCAAUUGCAAGAAAAACAAAAAUUUGUGUCAACUUUCAAUCUGUUGCAAACCUCUCUACACACACACGGAUAUGUUCUAAUUGCAACCGAUUGUUAUGAUUUGCUGCGUGUUUGUGGUCCGCUUGAGGUCGAAAAUAAAGAAAAUACACAAAUUCUUAAGUUUCUUAAGUUAAGUUAUAUUUUAAGGUUAAAAUAGAGGUGCCAUACCAUAACGCUAUUACCUUAAAUGUGGUCUUAACCAUAACGAAACAAAGUAGGAAUAGCCUUACCACCCUGAGUGAAAACCAUAAAGUAACCUUAAUCUGGGUCCCGGGACAUCAGAACAUUGAAGGUAAUGAAAAAGCAGAUGAACUGGCAUGAAUAACGCUCUUGCAGAAUCGGUAUUCACACCAUUAGGUGCAGUCAAGAACACAAUUUCUACGAAUCGCGGAUUGUAGAUGGGGAAACCGAAAUGCCAAAAUUAGCAGAACGUUAUCUAACGAACUGGACGCCUGUACACUAACGGCAGUCAUAACUAGCUUUAGGUCUAUCGGAGAACAAGCAGACAAAAUGGGCAUCCCUCAUAGUACAUACUGUCAUAGUUGUAAACAACCGGAGAAAAAUGAAACCAUUUUCCAUUUCCUCUGUGAAUGUCCUGCCCUGUGGAAGGGCAGAAUGUUAACCCUGUGCAAACCGCUGUUCGAGAGUCUCAAACAAUUGCCUGGCUUAGACGUCGCCAACCUAAUAAGGUUCUUAAACCGCACAGACUGGAUAUAGUUUUGCUGUAAAUAACUGUUAACCAAGUUGGUAACGAGGAUGUGGCAACAAAAUGGUGCGGAAGUGCUAGAUGGAUUCUGGAUGAAUCACCACUCUAAUUAACCAACCAACCAAUAUUUUUAAAAAAGUUUCCCCAGUGUUCUAUAGAGGUGAAAAGUUUUGUUAAAGUUUAGAUGCGGCUUUUUCUACGGUAGGGUUGAGAAAUCCACACUUUUUUGUAGUCCGUCCAUUUAAAAUCAUUUGUAUAAUUUACUGUCUUCGAAUGCAAAUAUUAGUAAACACGUGUGACUGUAUUCAAUGCCCUUUCAAUAUAAUUUCGUGUAAGUGCCAAGCUAGGUCGGACAAGUGGUAGCACUCUUCAAGUAAUUUUAAGUGGCAGCAUUGCUACCUAACCAACUAAGUCGUUUCCUGUCUAGUUUCUGCAAAAUCAAAUUUGUUCAGAAUUUCUGUUCUGAGCUGGUCGUCGAUAAUUCUAUUCUUAGUACAGUCGAAUGUAAGUAGAAACUAAUCAGUAUAAUUGUUCAGACUGUAAACCAGUAACCAAACAAAAAGAAGAAGUUCUCAAAGAGAUAGCACUUUUAAUAAAAAAGGUAUGCAAUUUAGUGGCAAUUGCCAAGGAGCGAAAAAUUUAAAAUGUAACGUUUUUUCAUAUACUCUCACCUUAAAUUUUAGCUCCUCACCACACUAAAAUGUCGUCAAACCCUCAACCAAGUUGUGAAAAAGCCAGUCAAUUACUUAAUUUUAAUAUGGAAAGCAUUUCUCAUGAGUUAAGUUCAUUACUAAUUGGUGGCGAAUUGGAUGGACUUAGUGCAAUUGGAUCUGUUCCAACAACUUCAAGGGGGGUUCAUUCUACUCUUAGUAUAAAGGAAGCAGAGAUACUGCAAUUAUAUCGUCAAUAUUACUACCAGCUACAGCUGCAACACCAGCAGCAACAUCAACAGAGUAUGGUGCAAAAACAACAUUUUAAUACUAUGUCCACUUCAUAUGCCGUUGGACCUACUCCAAGUGCAAUCACCACGUCGAAUCUAAAACCUGCAAUGACACACGGCAUGCAUUUUAAUAUAAAUAACUACGGUUGUGCAGCACAACAAACAAAGCAAAUGCCUUAUGAUCCCCUUUCAAGUCCGUUUAGUGGAGCUAAUAGCGAACCUCCCAAACUUUCUGCAUCGCCAAAAUUUGAGUUUCACUUCCUACGUUGCCAGUCUUCGAACAAACUGCUUCCCGAUACGAAUAGUGUGCCACUUAUUUCCAGUUGUGCGCGUAGUGGAUGUGAAACAGAACAAUUUUAUGGAUUUGGAAGACGUAAUAACAGUGGUGGUAGCAGCACUAGUGGCAAUGGGCAACGCCGAUUUAUGAAGCACGGCGAGGUUGCAAAGGAAGAAGUAAUUAAUUAUGAAAAUGUUGUGAUUGAUUUGUCUGUGCUUGGUUUAUCGUCGGAUUACAAAGAACAUAAUCCCGUACUGCGAUUGUUUGGUCUCUUUCGUAAAAUGCAUUACUAUUUAAAUGAUGUUUUACCCGCUCUUGGUAGAGUGGAAAAUGAACUACUUAAUGUGGAUAGCCCGCAAACAAACAAAGAGACUAAGUGUUCCAUGCCUUGUACCAUGAAUGUGCAAUAUCAAGUUAGACAAGCGGCACGCAAAUGCACAAUUUUCUUAUGUGACAUGCAACGCGUUUUGAACGCAAAUAAAAUACACAGCCUUGAAUUGUAUUUAGAAUGUGAACAAUCUUUGAAUAUUUUGAAAAAAUUGUUGACACAAUUUGAAGCAUUCAAACGUGUUGAGAUGGAGCAUAAGCGCGGACAGUUUAUUACCGAAGAUGCCCGAGUUCAGACACAGCGAUUGGAAGGGCUCGUAGAGCAGUUAAGCGAUCAGAUACGCGAAACGCACAUCUAUGUGCAUGCUUUCAAUUGGGCUGUAGAACGUUCUAGGCGCUCAAUGGUAUAUAAUUUGGUGAAAGAAGAGCAAGCGAGUAUCUCAAAUAACAAUAAAUGGCUGACACCAACAGUCUCCAUGUCACAAACUAGUUCUGAGAAUAUCGCAACUGAAACAAAAGGCGUUACUACUAAAAGCGGCAUUGCUGGGCAGUCUUUGCCUUAUGAUGGAAUAUAUGGUUAUGGUAUGGGCGUUGUAACUGUUGUUGAUAAUGACUCCGAUAUUGAUCGACAAUCGACACGCUACAUUGGAUACAAGUAAAAAUGGGACGAUGCUAUAAGAAACGUGAUUUUUUUUUUUUUAAACAGGAUAUUACUAAAUAAAUAUAUUUGCCCUGUGUGCGUUAGGAUUGUAUAUAAACUUUGAAAAAUUGUAUUUAAUUUUAAAAUUUAAAUUUGUUUUAAACUUUCUUAAUAUAGCAUUUUUAGAUUUAUUUAUGUUUUACUUCUGAUUUC